UGCAGAGUCAAAUUUAGAUCUUUAUUAAUUGGAGAGAAAAGAGUUAUAUAAUGAGAAAACAUAAUAUUUCAAUACAGAGCAUUGGAGAAAAUGUAUCAUGUAGGCAGUGAGGCAAUCAACUAUUAACCAUGCAUACUAGAAUGAACAGAGAGGAGAUUCAUGUAUUACAAGACAUAUACAGUAUAUCUGCUCUCUCUCCGGAUAGCUAGGAAGUCGACCCAUAUAUGACGUACCAUUCAACCAUUGGGCGGCGGAAGAGGGGGUGGGGUGGGCGGCUGGACGGAAACGUUAAGCUUGAGGCCCAACGAACAGUAGUUCAAGAGGCUGCAAAGGUAGUAGAAGACACCCGAUUCCCUGAGAGGGAUGAUGAGCGGUGGAGCGUGGUCAGUGAAGGCCUGAAACGGCUGAUUGGCGGUGCAGGCAUCGUACUCCCUUUUGGAGACUUGGAUGAGGUUGUAGAAGACGGGGUCAAAGUCAAACAGAAGGGUAUCUCCCGGCCGGAAGGAGCGGGAGGAAGACCAGUUGCCGUAGAAGUGGUCGUGGGGAGGGAUGGUCCACCCCCACUCCUCUCCCCCCACCCUGUGUUCCACCACCCCACAUGCUCUUGGGUCCAUCCAACAAGCGGCAAUCAGCACCACCAUCACCACUUUGCACGCCUGCUUUCCCAUUAACCAGUUCCUGUUUUUACUUGAUGAUGAUGGUGUCAUGAUGAGGGAAUUAAUUACAAGUAGGAAGGAAAGGGGCAGUUUGAUCGAAAUAGAGUAACGUCUGUGCAGUUGAAACUUGCAUCAAGUACGACGAAUGGAAUAAUUAACCACACGUAGGUAUCUAUGCAUGUAACGAGUUCGUAUAUGAUACACCCGGCUGUACGGGUGGGAACCGUACAGCCAGGUAUUUUUGUGAUUUUGUUAAACUUCCAGCCCAAUUUAACUAUACUCCUCAUCCG